UUUGGAACGUUGGAUGUUGGUUGCUGACAUAACCCAUCGAGACAAUAGCUUUUACAUAUAUAUAUAGUGGUUAUAUAUAGCUUAUUUAUAUAGUGGUUGUAUUGGCCUUUUAGGGCAGGAUAUAUAUUGUAUGCCCAUGGAGCGCCCUAUACCAGUCGGAGUAGUUAGAAAAGGUGCUUGGACUCCUGCUGAAGACGGCCUUCUCAGAAGCUGCAUUCAAAGACAUGGAGAAGGAAAAUGGCAUACAGUCCCUUCAAGAGCUGGGUUGAAUAGAUGCAGAAAAAGUUGUAGAUUAAGGUGGUUAAACUAUCUUAAACCAGACAUUAAAAGAGGAAAAUUCACAUUAGAUGAGAUUGACCUAAUGAUCAAGCUUCACAACCUACUGGGAAACAGAUGGACACUAAUAGCUGGCAGACUGCCAGGAAGAACAGCAAAUGAUGUAAAGAAUUUCUGGAACACUCAUAUGCGCAAGAAACUGAAGCCUAGUAGUCCUUAUCGUGAGGAAGAUAAUGAGAAAGGCAAAACAGUAAAAAUAAUAAAGCCUCGACCCCGUAAACUCUCAAAAAAUAUAUCUUUAUUUACUGCAACUGCAAAAGAUAAAGAUCACCGUCAAAAUGACAAUGGCUAUGACAAGGCUCCUACGCCUGUUGCAUUUCCACCGUUUGAUAAUAAAAUAGAAAAUCAAUCAAACACCACAAACCCUUUUGCAGGAGAAAGUGCCUCCACAUUCUCGGAAGGGGAAAGCAGUAGUAAGGAAAAUGAUUGGUGGAGUAACUUUUCUUUUGACGAGGAAAACUGGAAUCUUUUCUUCAAUAAUGAACAAGAAUUAAUCUUUGAUAGGAUUGAGAUGGAUAUGGAAGUUAUGGGAUCUCAAUAUUUUUAACUUUCCUGGUAUAAAGUUAAAUUUGUAUGUACAAUUAUGUUAUUAGAAGUUAAAGUUCCUUUCUUGUUGAUUUUGGUAA